AUGAGGUUAAACGAGAAUGUAAAAAUCAUUGGAAAAAAUGUUAUACUUGUACCAUAUGAGAGCCAUCAUGUGCCCAAGUAUCAUGACUGGAUGGAAGAUGAGGAGAUAAGAAGAUUAACAGGGUCCGAGCGACUGUCGCUUGAACAAGAGUACGAUAUGCAGCGAACUUGGCGCACAGAUGAGGACAAGCUGACUUUCAUUAUUUUAUCAAAAUCAUUGGCAGAUAAGGGUUUGACUGAGGUAACUUUUGAGCUGUCGGUGAUGUUUUCAGCUCGGUCAUUUGAAUUAUCCUUGCAGAUCGAAAGUAUGAUCGGAGACGUGAACUUAUUCAUUCAGUUGGAAGAUAGCGCUGGGGAAUUAGAAAUCAUGAUAGCAGAAAAAACUGCUCGAGGCACUGGAGCUGGCACGGAAGCCGCUUCCCUUAUGAUUUCUUAUGCUCUCAAAGAAUUAGAGAUCAAGAAGUUCUUCGUCAAAGUGACAGAUGAUAAUCAGGCUAGCUUGCACUUAUUCGAGGAUAAGUUGAAAUUUCGUCGAGUAUCCCAUAGUGACGUCUUUGGAGAGUAUACUCUUGAGCUCCCUGAAUCUGAGAUGUGCUCAUUCAGAGAAAUAUUACAUACAGCCUAUAUGGCCCCUUAUAGGGAAUAA